CAUAUAUUGAAUAGUAUUAAAUAUAUGUCGGAGAUAUGGACUAUGAUAAUUUAUUAUGAAUUUAGAACCAAGCUUUGUUCCAAACCUAGCAUUUGAUUAUUUAAAAGAAGUGGAAAUAUCCUAUUCAGUGACAGGAUGCUUUAGUGAACAAGAUCUGGAAGUUUUUCAUUCAUUUUUUGGAGAACAUUUAGUAGAUGCUACAGAACUAUUGGAGAAAUGCAAAAUUAUAAAAUAUAGUCUUACUGAUAACUCAAGGAGCAUAUUUAAAAUAAUUACUAAACAUGAGCAGUAUUCCAUAUUUGACAACAUCAAUUUUUGUAACUGUAGUAUUUUCCGUUUACAAGUCUUAGAGUUGAGGAAUGCUAUAACAUGUAAGCACAUUUUGGCCGUGAAGUUAGGUGAAAUAACAGGUCAUGUAGUUAAAGAAACUAUUACUGGAUCUCAGUUGGUGGAUUUUUUAAAUGAGCAAUUAAAUUGUCUCGACGGGGAAUAGUUUCACUUGUUAAUAUAUUUAUUUUAAAUUGAAUAAUAAUUAAAUUUAUUAUGACUUUAUCAUAAGAUAUUCAAGAUUGAAGAUUUACCCAGAUAAUUAAUUGAAUGCCACAUACUAAGAAUGAUACAUCAAAAGGUUUAUUGAAGCUUGGAAACAUAGGGGUAAAUUUUAAUUAAUUAUAACAUAUUGGCAUCCAUUAAUCACUAUAAGUUAUGUUUCAAAACAUUUCAUAUCUGCUAAAUCAUUAUGAAUUGUAGUUCCAGUCAGUGAAUCAUCCCCCUCGAUUAAAUUUAGCUGUGAAGAUCAGACUAUUGAAGCUGCUGCUACUAAAUUGUCUAUAAGUGUGCAAUCACAUUUGUGCUUAUACAUUCUACCAUAAGUUACAACAUAAAUAUUUUUGACAAAAUUAUCUAUAUGCCAAUUUCAAAAGAUCUUUUAAGACUUAAAAUCAGACAAAUCUAUUAUAACUAUUUUUGUUGCAUCAAAUAUUAUAAUGAUAAAAUUUUGAAGUCAGUAAAUUAAUAGCUUCUGUCCCAAACUUUGUUAAUUAGGAAGAGAAAACCUUAUAUUAAUUUAGUGGCUUACAUCGGGGCACUCGGAUUAACGAAUUUCAGUACGUAGGCCAUCUAAACGUUAUAGACAAACAAAUAUAUGGUUCACAUUAA